AUGAAUUCGAUUCCGGGUUGGGUCGGGGUUAGCAGAAACAGCAGCAGCAACAAUAACAACACCAGCAGGAAAAGCAGCCGCAAUAACAGCAGCAGCAACAACAGCCACAACAACAGCAGCAGCAAAAACAGCAGCAACAGCAGCAGCAGCAAUAGGAACAUCAAAAUAGCCAUGAAACACAGCCGAUUUACAAUUGAGGAUAUUUUGAGACCCGACUUCGGACAGCAGCCACGUCAUGGACAUCGUCGCUCCUGUGUGGAUGGCGAUACGACGAAACAAAUCCAGGAAGCGUUGCCAUUAACGACAACAGCCGACGAAAUUACCCGAGGACAAAAGUCAUUAGAACUACAGCAUAAAAAACUAGAUCAAACACCUCCUGAGUUCAUGUCAUGUUCUUCUUGUAUGGACUCUCGGAAGCCCGGACAGUUAUCUGGUUUAAAGAAGCAUUUUCGGUGUAUCGCAGAGACAAAGGGAGAAUUCGAGACAAAACAAGUGAACAAGAAACAGUGUAUUGAUAGACUUGUCAACGGACGGACAAGUCAACGCAAAAUACCCCUUGGAAAUUGUUGUUUGCAGGAUAAAACGAAUGCCAGAACGUGUCUGUCAAAGACAAAAAGUGAGGAGUCGGAAAAGGUUCGCGGUGUUUCGAAGAAGGUGUGUAAAGAGGGUAGAUUUGAUACCGGGACGGGUAGACACCCCAUUACGGAAUGGGCCGGGUCUCCGAAGGACGAGAAGCCGAUACUGUGGCCUGCCUGGGUGUACUGCACGAGAUAUUCAGAUCGCCCGUCAGCAGGUCCACGAGUUCGAAAACUCCAAAAACGAGAGAAAGUUUGCGACGAAAAGCGGCCUCGAACUGCGUUCUCUUCCGACCAGCUGGAGAAACUGAAAACGGUGUUCGAUACCAACCAUUACCUGACGGAGGACAAGAGGAGACAACUCGCAGCGGACCUGGGACUAAACGAGGCGCAGAUUAAAAUCUGGUUUCAAAACAAAAGAGCCAAGUUGAAGAAAACGUCCAACUCUCAACCGCUGGCCGAACAGCUGAUGGCGGAGGGGCUUUAUAACCACAAAACCGUGAAGCGUGACGAGUCAGUGCGAUUUGAAUCUUGUGAAUAUUGAUAAUAAAUUUAUUACACCA